AUGUCGGGAAGACAACAGAGGGUGAUGAUCCAGCCGAUCAAUGUGAUCUUCCGACAUUUGCAACAACAGACGCGCGUAUCACUCUGGCUGUAUGACAACGUGGAAUAUCGCCUCGAAGGCAAGAUCAUUGGAUUUGAUGAGUUUAUGAAUGUAACACUGGCUGAUGCGGAAGAGGUACAUAUGAACGCACAGAAGGACCGAAAACCGCUGGGCCGUCUACUACUGAAAGGCGAUAACAUCACACUGAUCCAGCCGGCGAUGUAG